GAACUUUUUUUUCCGUCAAUCCGAGAUAUCAUCUACGCUAGGCCAGACACUCCAUCGAGGAUGGGUAUAGUAGCUUACCUUCGGGUAAAUGGUAUCGACUGGACAAGUUAUGUCCAACAAUUGUUUAGCUAAACACAUUAGCAGACUUCUACUCUGACGUUAACUCUACGAUUCCCAUACACUCAAACGAUCGCUUCUAUCUGGGAAGGGAUCGCUCGUCCUGUCGUCGCUCAUGGGACGAUGCGCGUAUCUCUAAUAAGCACUUGUGCGUUCAUUGCGUCGUGUUCGAUGAUUCUGAAACAGCGCCGAUCCCGCUUGUGUAUGUUGAAGAUAUGUCGACAAAUGGAACAACACUAGUCACCCAUGUCACAUCUGGUUGCCCAGACGUACCGCGUAAAGUCCAUCUGCACCGACAAGCAGUACAGUCGGUACUCCUUUGUCAUGGAGAUGAACUUGAUCUAGCAGGAGCAGUCAAAUUGACAUUCAUGGAAGCAAACCCAAGUAAGUCACAUCACUUCGACCGUGUGCGAGAAAAGGAGCAUAAGCUACUCCAAAACCACUAUACUAUCUCCACCCGUAAGCUUGGUGCAGGGGGCCAAGGCAGUGUUUACAUGGCACUUGAGCGGACUUCUGGCCAGCAACUUGCUUGCAAGACAAUCAACUUGCAGGCAUCAAGUCGCGAGAGCGCAUCACAGUCUGCAAGCAGAGCUCGCAAAACCUUCCGUGAGCUGGACAUACUCAAACAGCUGAGUCACCAGAACGUCAUCACGAUCGAGAAAGUAUUCUGGACGACCAACACCAUAUAUCUAUUUCAAGAGCUUGUCGCAGGUGGCGACCUGUUUUCGUACAUCGAGUUCAAGGAUGGUACCCUCGCAGAUGGUGAGGCAUGUACGUUCGUCUACCAAAUCCUAAAAGGGGUUGAGUAUCUUCACGGAUUAGGUGUUGUCCAUCGUGACCUCAAGCCGGACAAUAUACUUGUGACCUCGUUAGGAGAUGGCGCUCGUAUCAUCAUCACCGAUUUUGGGAGUGCCAGGUACUCUCCUCCGUCUACGAGCCACAAUCAUCCAAAAACAAACAGGACUAAGCUUCGUAUGACGUCUUUGGCGGGGACCACGGAAUUCUGCGCUCCAGAAAUCUACUCUAAGAAUCCUGCCGUCACAGAUGCAGGUUAUACCGCAAAGGUGGACAUGUGGAGUAUCGGGUGCAUAUGUGCUACUCUGCUCUCUGGAGACAUAAUUUUCGCUGAUCGUUCGCAUCCUGACUUUCAAAGGAAUCCAAAGGAUCAUGUCAUCACUCUUUCUGCUCGUUGCAAUCUCGAAGUUCUUGAUUAUGGAGCAAACUGGUCGUGCAUAAACAAGCGUCCGAAAGACCUCAUCCGCAAACUGCUCACUCUAAGCGAAGAUAGCCGACUAACAGCCACAGAAGCGCUUGCUCAUCCCUGGUUCACCAACAAAAGUUAUGCCACUGAGUUACAAGCAGUGUACGAUCGCGUAGUAGCUUCAUGGAAGCCUCGACGCAAGGUAUUUCGACUCGUUGAACGCCUUCAAGGUGCAGAGGAUGAUCUCACUUCAUUCAAGUCGCCAUUCUUCCAGCAAAAGGCUGCGCCUGGAAAUCCAAACUCGCAAAGAAAUCUAUCGACCAUCCCGGAGGUUCCUGAACAAGAGGAAUGGAGGCAAAAUCAACCCAAAGACUUUGAAUCACGAUUUAAACAGUUAGGAGCUGAGGAUAUACGCGGAGCAAGACAUGGACAGGCUGUUAAGUCAACUGCUGUGAAUGCUAUAAGAAGACGGAGAACCUCGCUGUAUGACGAGGGAAUCACAGACCUGGAUAUUCAGGAUGCGUCUGCUGCUGGUGAUUGUAUGGCACGACUCAACUCAAAGAAGGCUAGGUAUCGCUGAUGUGUAGCACUAACACGCCGAGAUGAUGUCUUGUGGAAAGCCUGUCUUUACAAAGGAUAGCA